AUGAGGUUUGUAAAGAUUUUAACUGCCACAGUGGCACUUUCCCAAUUAUUCUCACUAGUAAGUGCUGUUUGUUCAAAUUUUGGAAAAAACUGUCCACAAGAUGCGCCUUGUUGUAAUAACGGAUGGUGCUCAAAUGAUCCCAAAUUCUGUUCCACUGGUUGUGAGCCAGCAAAUUCAUUUUCGCCUAAAUCCUGUUUUCCCGAACCACCAUGUGUAUCAUUAUACGAUGACUUUUCAAAACCAAGUAUAGUAAAUUGGCAAAAUUUCUCGGGAGAUCCAACGACUGUUAAUUGGACGUCAGACUUUACACCAGAUUAUACAAGUUAUACUUCGGAUGGGUUUGGUUCAACAGUCAGUAGCACAAGAUGGAUGGAAUAUGGAACAGUGACAGCACGCAUUAAGACAGGGUCAACUGCUAAGGGUGUCGUAUCAUCUUUCAUUGGCUCUCAUCAUAAAGUCGGGGCUGAUACUACCGCUGACUUUCACCUCUACACAAUUGAAUGGAUGCCUGAUCAUAUUAGUUGGAUAAUCGAUGGCGUGACUGCACGUACAGCUUAUCAAAAGGACACCUGGGAUUCUACACUCAACCAGUUUAAAUUCCCGUCAAGACCUUCGCGAAUACAAUUUUCAAUGUGGGAUGGUGGUAUGGGCGCUGAAGGUACUGCCAAUUGGGCCGGUUCUCCGACUGAUUGGAGCGACCAAAAUAAAGUAUACAGUAUGUACGUCGAUUGGGUCAACAUCACCUGCUUCUAUAAUGGUAAUUCAUCGACUACAUGGCCACCGGAAGGUUAUGGUCCUCCGAAAAAACCCAAUGGCUCUUCAACCGAUUCAUCGCAAUCUUAUGCUACUCUUGGUGCUGGCCUACCAAAUAGCCUUGCUGCCCCAGGAACAAAUGGUUCACAAAUUACCCCAAACACACCAGAUUAUAGUCAACCAACAUUGCCUAAACUCGUGGCUCCAAUUGCUGCCCUUUGUUCAGUAACUGUGCUUGCUGCUGCUGGUUAUGGUGCAUGGCGAUACCGACGUAGUCGAGGACACAUCAAUGAACCAUAUGUAAAACAAAUGUACUAG